AUGCCGCUUAUCGUGGCAACCAGCAAUAUCAUACGCUUUGAGCCGCGGCGCGUUAAAGACUACAAAACGAUGCGUAUACGUAAUAUUUGGUUGCUCCUGCUGCUGCUGCUGCUGAGCAGCUGCAUGGCCGGCGAUGUUUUCCUCACUUGCGACGAGUUCGAGCAGCACAUGUACAUGGAUGCCACUGAGGCAUUUUGCACUGUCAGCUCAUUUAUUGUCACGCACAGUCAAAAUGUUGUGGUCAAGAAUUUCCAGCACGGCAACAUGGUCAAGUUUAUGAAGUUCUAUGACUCAACGCUGCUCUAUGUGCCCUUUCAUUUGUUCGAAACCUUCACGCACUUGAAGACCCUGGAUGUGUCGUAUACAAGUAUUUUGGAGCUAACGCGCAACACUUUUGGUGCUGCUGGCAACUUGACGGUGCUGAACUUGAGCAACAACAAUCUGACCUCGGUGCAGACUUCGGUGUUCAUUGGCGCUGGCGCUUUGAUGCGCCUGGACUUGAGCAACAAUCGCAUAAGUCAGUUGAGUGAAAAUGCAUUUUGUGGUCUGCACAUACUCAACAAGCUGCUGCUGGCGGGCAAUCGACUGAGCGAGCUGCAUAAGGAUAUCUUUAAGGACAAUGAGUAUUUGGAGUCGAUUUCGCUUGAGGCCAAUGCUCUAAGCUAUGUGCAGCCCGAAGUGUUCAAUCGCAUGCGGCGCAUCAAGGAAGUGAAUCUAUCGCUUAAUAAACUAAUCAAACUGCAUCCGGACACAUUUCAGGAGGCAGCCAGUCUGGAGAGUCUGCUGCUUGCCUCCAACUCGCUCACAGCUUUCCAUUUGAGCAACAAGAGCAUUGUGCAUCAGCUGCAUUUGGACUACAAUCAGCUAAGCAAUUUGACCAUCAAUGCCACGCGCUUUGUGCGCGCCAAUUACAACAACAUUACGCAUUUGUUUAUGCAUCAGGCGCUGCAGCUGGAGACGCUCGAGCUGCGCGGCAAUCGGCUGCAGAGCAUGGUCAACAUCACCAACUUGACAUCGCUGCUGCAUUUGGAUUUGGCCUACAAUCCCAUUGGUCCCUUGAGCGUCAGCAGCUUCGAUCAGCUUAAGCGACUGCGUAAUCUUUAUCUGCGCGCCACGGGCAUUCGGGAUUUAACCUUUGGCAUGUUCUCCAAGCAAAAGUAUCUCGAAGUGCUGGAUCUGAGUUUCAACAAUCUCAGCUCACUCAAUUUGGAUCUCUUUGUGCCGUAUCUGAUCAAUCUCAAGCAGUUCUAUGUGGACGGCAAUGCGCUGAGCGAACUGCAAGGCAAUCGCAGCUUCACCCAAGUCUUUCCUCUGCUGCAAAAACUCGGCAUCUCUCGCAAUCGCUUCAACUGCUCCUAUCUGCAUCAUCUACUCAUUCCCCCGUACCUGGCCGAGUCUGUCGCCCUGCACAUUGAGCCCGACGACAGCGUUGAGGAGACGCCGCACAUACGCGAUGUAAGCUGCAUUAGUUUGUCGCCCACAACUGCAGCGUCGCCUGCUCCCAGCAGCAGCUUGGCCUCGCUGCCUGUGCUCCAACAACAGCUGGAGCUGCUUCGCUCCCACACCAAACAUCUGGAAAUGCAUUUGUUUCUCAUGAAACUCUUUCUCUAUGUGGUGGCUUCUCUGGUCUGCGUUUCGCUUGUGGCUUUAAUCACUCUGCGCUACUUGAAGCUGCGUCGCUCCGGGCGCUACAAUCGCAGCAGCAUUGUCUUCCAGUCCAAUGCCACCAUGGAUGCCAAUCUGACAAUGUAGUUUAGCUUACACAUCACC